AUGAGGCCACAAGAUGAAGAAGAAGCAGUAACAAAAUUAUCAGAACUUAAAAUCAUUCCCUUGGGAUCAGACGCUGCUGAAUUAGUGUUUCACGUUGGAGGUGAAACAACCGGACAAAUAAUAACAUUCAGCAGUCGUUCAAAGAUAAUAGGUAAACCAGAUUUGCAACACAAAGAAACAUAUGAAAAAACAUCGAGUGCUAUUGGAAGAAUAUUUGUAAAAUUUAAUGUAUUAGGAAAACCAACUUGGAUAUGUGGAACAGGAUUUUGUGUGAAGCAGAAUCUUAUUAUGACAGCAGCUCAUGUCAUUGCAUAUCCUGUCGAUACAAAUGCAUCAAAAGAAACUCAAGAGAUGCAAAAAAAACUGAAAUAUGAAGAGAUCUACAUAUACUUUGGUGUUGAUGCCUCCAUUGGAAAUGAGAUCGAUCUUACAAAUAUCGGAAUGGAGAAAAUGCAUGAGUUGAAGUCAUGUGGAAGAGAUUUCGAUAAUUCGUUCAGAGAUCCUUUGAUUUUCUCAGACGACACUGGUCAAUCAUAUAGUUGGGAUACACCCAACGAUAUAGAGGUUCUCGAAUUCAAAGGUACACCACCAACAAACAUUGGCAUUCUAUUUCCAAUGAUUCCGACCAAUGACAUAGAAAUCGACCACUAUGUCAUGGGAUAUCCAGGUCUCUUAGAUUUAGAGAAAUUUAAAAUAGACUACAAGGAAACCAACGAAAAUUUAGAGACCCUAUACAUCAAUGUGAGCAAAGAAUCACGUGGUUUCGAGAGAAAGACUGUCUCCAUUGGAAAAGUUACCAAAUCCAAAGAUAAUGUUAUAUCACAUCGCUGUCCAACACUCAAAGGUGCGUCAGGUGGUAUCUUUGCAAUCAGUCAACACGAAAGAAAGUUUGUUGGUGUUCAUCUCGGUGGUGCACAAAAAACAGGAAAUAUUGCACUCUCAGUUACACAUCCAUUAUUCUGGCAUGUUUAUCAAAACUUUGUUCUUGAUGAUCAAUUCAUUAAAGAUAACUUUGAAAACCUUCAACAUUAUUUAAAUCAUUUUAAUUAUAUAUCUUCAUCCACAACGACAUCAAUUUCUAUGGAACCUCGAGUUGAAGAAAUAACUCAAGCAAUCUCGAAUCUUGUUAUAAUUCCUUUGAGUUCCGACUCUUUAGAAAGAGUCUUUCAUGAAAACGGACAAACAAUUGGACAAAUAAUAACAUUUAAUAGUAAAUCAAAGAUUGGAAAAAGUGAUUUUCAAAACAAAGAGUCUUAUGAAAAUACAUCGAGUGCUGUAGGAAGAAUAUUUGUAAAAUAUAAUGUAAUAGGUGAAAAAGAACCAGUUUGGUGCAGUGGUACUGGAUUUUAUGUGAAAAAUAAUCUUGUUAUGACAGCAGCUCAUGUCAUUGCAUAUCCUGUCGAUACAAAAGCACCAAAAGAAACUCAAGAGAUGCAAAGAAAUCUUGAAUAUGACAAGAUCUAUAUAUACUUUGGUGUUGAUGCCUCCAUUGGCAAUGAGAUCGAUCUUAAAAAUAUUGACACCGAGGAAAUGUAUGAGUUGGAGUCAUGUGGAAGAGAUUAUGAUUAUGCAUUUAAUGAUUCUUUUAUUGUCAAUGACCUCAAUGAUCAACCAUACAGUUGGCAUACACGAAACGAUUUAGAGGUUCUCAGAUUCAAAGGAACACCACCAACAGACAUCGACAUUAUAUUUCCAAUGAUACCGGCUGAUGAUAAAGAGAUCGAUCACUAUGUCAUGGGUUAUCCAGGUCACAUAGAAUUAGAGAAAUUUAUAUCCGACUACCAGGGAACAGCAGAAAAUUUAGAGACCCUCUUCAUCAAUGUUAACAGAGAAUCACGUGGUUUCCAAAGAAAGACUGUCUCCAUUGGAAAAGUUACCAGAGUCGAUGAUAAAGUGAUAUCACAUCGCUGUCCAACACUCAAAGGUGCAUCCGGCGGUAUUCUUGCAAUCAGUCAACACGAAAGAAAGUUUGUUGGUGUUCAUCUCGGAGGAACUGAAGAAACAGGAAAUAUUGCACUCUCAGUCACACAUCCAUUAUUCUGGCAUGUUUAUAAAACUUUAGUUCUUGAUGAUCAAUUCAUUCAAGAUAACCUUCAACACUUACAACAUUAUUUAAAUCAUUUUAAUUAUACACCAUCAACAUUAGCAUCUACAACUAUUACACUUUCUGGAGACCAAUGA